UAUUGCAAUAUAUUAUGAUAACUUUCAUCAAAAAUUUGAAAUCUUCACAAAUCCUAUUAAUUGUGUCAUAUUGAUUAACAAGAAUUUUGAAUCUUUACAAAAUGCUACAUCUAUCUGUAAUGCUUCUUCUUUUCCAGAGAAGGAUUUCUUAAAUAUUGAUCAAAAUUAUAAAGAUAAUUCUAAAGGACUAGACAAAUAUAAUUCUAAGUAA